GUGUGCGACCCGCGAAGUCCCGGGCCCCUGUCAGAGCCCGGCCUCCUGACGCCGCCAGUGGGCGGGGCCGCCCGGGCCGCCUCCGCCGCUGUCAUGUACCCGCCGCCGCCGCCGCCGGCGGCGCCGCCUCGGGAUUUUGUCUCGGUGACGCUGAGCGCCGACCGGACUUACGACGGCAGCAAAAGCGGGCGGCGGCGCUCGUGCUGGAGGAAGUGGAAGCAGCUGUCGAGGUUGCAGCGGAACGUGAUCCUCUUCCUGCUCACGUGCCUGAUGCUCUGCGGGCUCCUGUCCUACGCCAGCGUGGCUGACCAGUGGCGAGCGGGGAACGGCCGGUCCGCGGAGGAGCGGAAGAGGAGACCAGCGGACCCGCCCGUCUUGCCAGCUCCUCGGAAAGCAGAGGACCUCCCGGGCCUCUUACCGCAGAAGCCUCAAAGGCAUCUCCGACGGGGACCUCCCAACCUGCAGAUUCGAGCCCCCGGUGAAGGCUCCGAGGACAGGAGGCAGGACGACACCAAGUGGAGGGACGAGGCAGUGGGUGGCGCGCGUCGGGAAGGAAGCACACGGAGAACGGUGGUCAGCUGGAGGGGAGCGGUGAUUGAGCCGCAGCCGGGCACCCAACUUCCUUCGAGGGAGGCGGAGGCGCCCCCCAGACCUUCCUCCCAGGCCCCCAGGAUUCAGAACCAGGCAGCCUCCCCGAACGAGCGCCAGAGGGCCGUGAUCGACGCCUUCCGCCACGCGUGGGCCGGGUACCGCAAGUUUGCCUGGGGCCACGACGAGCUGAAACCUGUGUCCAGGUCCUUCAGCGAGUGGUUUGGCCUGGGCCUGACGCUGAUUGACGCCCUGGACACCAUGUGGAUCUUGGGCCUGAAAAAAGAGUUCGAAGAGGCCAGGAAGUGGGUGUCUAAGAAGCUGCGGUUCCAGAAGGACGUGGACGUCAACCUGUUUGAGAGCACGAUCCGCAUCCUGGGCGGGCUUCUGAGCGCCUACCACCUGUCCGGGGACGACCUCUUCCUGAAGAAGGCCGAGGAUUUUGGGAAUCGGCUCAUGCCUGCGUUCCAGACGCCCUCCAAGAUCCCGUACUCCGACGUGAACAUCGGCACCGGGGCCGCCCACCCGCCCCGCUGGACCUCGGACAGCACGGUGGCCGAGGUCACGAGCAUUCAGCUGGAGUUCCGGGAGCUCUCGCGCCUCACGGGCAAUAAGAAGUUUCAGGAGGCCGCGGAGGAGGUGACGCGGCGUGUGCACUCGCUGCCGGGGAAGAAGGACGGGCUGGUGCCCAUGUUCAUCGACACGCACAGCGGCCGCUUCACCCACCCGGGCGUGUUCACCUUGGGCGCCCGGGCCGACAGCUACUACGAGUACCUGCUCAAGCAGUGGGUCCAGGGCGGAAAGCAGGAGCCCCAGUUACUGGAAGACUACCUGGAAGCCAUCGAGGGGAUCCGAAGGCACCUGCUGCGCAGGUCUGAGCCCGGAAAGCUCGCCUUCGUGGGGGAGCUCGCCCACGGCCGGUUCAGCGCCAAGAUGGACCACCUGGUGUGCUUCCUGCCAGGGACGCUGGCUCUGGGCGCCCACCACGGCCUGCCCGCUGACCACAUGGCGCUGGCCCGGGCGCUCAUGGACACCUGCUACCAGAUGAACCGCCAGAUGGAGACCGGGCUGAGCCCCGAAAUCGUGCACUUUAACCUGUACCCCCAGAACGACCGCAAGGACGUGCAGGUCAAGCCGGCCGACAGGCACAACCUGCUGCGGCCCGAGACGGUGGAGAGUCUGUUCUACCUGCACCGCCUCACGGGGGACCCCAAGUACCAGGACUGGGGCUGGGAGAUCCUGCAGAGCUUCAACGCGUACACACGGGUCCCCUCGGGCGGCUACUCCUCCAUCAGCAACGUCCAGGAUCCCCUCAACCCCCAGCCCAGGGACAAGAUGGAGAGCUUCUUUCUGGGGGAGACGCUUAAGUACCUGUAUCUGCUCUUCUCGGACGACCCGAGCCUGCUCAGCUUGGACGCCUACGUGUUCAACACCGAGGCCCACCCCUUGCCCAUCUGGGCCCCGCCGGACGGGGCGUGACUGCCCCGUGGGCCCCACCCCAACAUUUCCCAGGUCUUGUGUUUAUGGAAGCCUGUCUGUAGACCCCUGGUUGGGUCAGUCCACUGUCCUUGGCCUAUGGCCCUGUAGUGUCCAGUCGGCCGGCUGCCUGUGGUCCAGGCCUGGGUGAAUGGAGACACCAGAGGUUCCCGGGCCUGAGCAUCUCAGGGCCUCCCGGGUGGGCAGGACCACUGGGUAUCCUGUGUGAGCCUCUCAUGAUGAUGGUGUUAUAACGUCAGCCCCGUGAAUCACGGUGGUCCCGUCCACUAGGGGAGCCUCCUGCUUCCCGAGGAAACUGGAAUCAUGACUCACAUUCCUUGUACCUGAAUGUCUUACUGUCAGCCCGUGCGCGGGCUUCACGGUCCCAGGUGACUGGUCAUCUCCCCGGGGUGCGCUGGGUCCCCCGACAUCGUGGCAGUGACCAGAGCUGAAGGGACAGCCCAACAUGUGACUCAGCCAGUGGUCUCAGAGCUUGCGACCUGCCCGGACCCAAGGGUCUGAGGGCGUCUGUGACCUCUGAGUCCGGGCAUCUGGCGGGCUGUGGCGUUUACACGUUGGACUCAGGGAUCCUCCCCCGGCCCUGAAGGGGCGGGAGGGGAGGGUGGGCGGGCGCGUCCUGCUCCCGGACCACCUGCUAGAGUGGACUUUCCGGGCAGCAUAAAAGUAGGUUUGCUCUUAUCUCCGCUGUGUGGAAGACUGUGCUCAGCUGGGGUCGGGGUCUAGCCAUUGUGGUCACGGCACACCUCGCACUCUGCUCGGAGGUCAGGUCUCCCACUGUGACCAGCAGCCUGGGGAACCAGCGUGGACAUGAAGUCCACGUUCCUGUGGUACCUGCCGCCCUGCCCUUGCUCAUCCCGGCGAUGUUUGCGUCCUGGGCUCCGUGUCCGUAGGUCUAGGUGUCCCUGUAGCCCCGCCACUUGGCUCAGGAGCCUGACACUUCCACCCCUGAGCCCUGACUUGCGGCGCUUUUCCAAAGACAAACCUUGGUUUCUGGGGGACCCUGUUUCCUGGGACCAGGUAGCCUCACAGGCUCAGGUCCUCUCUCUGGGGCACUGAGCUGCCAGGGUCUCCACUGCUAGUGGACGGUGCCUUUGGCGGCCCAGGCUCCCAGUGCCUGGCAGGACCUGGGUUCUUGGCCGUGUUCCCGGUUGUCUCAACACUGCACGUGUCCACUGGCUGCCCUUGGGGCUGCCAUGUACUCCUGACCCGACAUCUGGUCUCUCGCGCCUGGAACGGGGUGCGCGGCCUGUCUCCCAUGUGGGCUCUGGUACCUCACCUCCCAUCGCCACACACCAGGGGUGGGAUAGGGACUGGGCCCCCCGCGGAGGAGGAGCUGCAGCCCCAGGCCUGGCCCCCCAGAGGCACGGCUGGGGGGGUGCUGGGAAGGAUGCUUGGGCUGGCUGCAAGGUGCCCCCGACCAUGCCCUGAGACCACACAUGAACUGCGGGCUCUGUUUUAUUAAACGUGCGGCUGGUUUCUA